AUGGCUCCUACUGCAAAAAUUUUUAUCGAAGACUUGAACUCCAGCAAAGACACAUGGAGUUUGCAUGCGAAGAUUGUCAGGAAAUGGCCGGUGCCCAGAAAGAUCCCUCCUUAUGCUGUGUGGAAGGUAUCCAUGCUAUUAGUGGAUGAACAGGAAAGUAGGAUUGAAGCAUUUACCACUCAGAAAUCACUAAUUAGACGUAUCAUUGAAGAACUUCGGGAGGGGGUAGUGUAUCAUUUUGAGAACUUUGAAGUGCUCCUUAACAAAGAUGAGUACAAGGUUACAGAUUGUAAAUAUAAGUUAAGCUUUCAUUGUUCAACAUCGAUCGAGGAAAGUGAUCUUUCAAUUCCAUUUGAUGCAUUCAACUUCGUUACAAUCAAGGAUGUUGCUGAGUUUAAUGCCAACAAUGAAGACUUGAUAGAUGUUAUUGGGUUUUUACAAUCAUUUGGAGAUUUGAAGGAUCAUAAAAAAGAAGGGGGUAGUACAAGGAAGCUCAGUUUCACAAUUGCGGAUGAGAAGUGA